AUGGAGACACAGCAACAACCUGCUCUUGUCCAGAUUGAUGACUCGCAUAUCCCAGAUUUUACAUAUGAAGCGGAAGAAGAGCAUGCGACUGAAGGUCCCGCACAGAUAAUAAUUGACUCUCCCCCCUCUACCAUUCCCUUCGACGAGGAUUCACCUCCGCGGCAGUUACCUAGUGAGCGAUUGCCACCCAGUGAAGAGGUUGGCGAAGCAGCGGGCUCCCCUUCACCAGUCAUUGAAAUAAGUGAUGAUGAGGAGGAAAAUCAUAGACGACCGCGACGUCGAAAUACGGGUCGUCGCCCUGAUUAUACUUAUCGAGAUUACCAAGAUACAAUGGAACAUGCGAUCUCGGCACCGCCUUUACGCAAACGGAAAAGAGAAGAUUCAGAUGUGGUAGAUUUUCGGUCUAAAAUUAAGCAAUUUGUGAAGGAAAUCACAGAACCAUAUGAGGCCUUAGAAAAGGAGAACAAACGAUUGACUGAAGAGAGACAUCAAUGGAAGAAGGACAAGAAACAGUUGCAGCUUCAAAUCCAAUAUUUACAGCGACAAGUCAAUGAACAGAAGCGGCGCAAUAUUUUGAAGUGUGUUCUAUGCCAUCGAACAUUCAACGAGAGCUGGAAAGUUUUAGGAUGUGGCCAUACUUUAUGUAAGAAUUGCGUGGAGGACAUCAAAUCAAAGGGUUCUCUAUUCGAGUAUCCUUGUCCUUAUCCGGAGUGCAAGAAGCCGAUUCGGUCUUGUUUAGAUUUUUAUCCAAACGUGGUGGAAGCAUAGCUGGCCUGAAAAUGAGCUGGACAAUAGCACUACUUAAUUUAC